AUGAAGAGUAGGAAGGGCUCAUGUUGCCUCCCUUGUCGGAUCUACAAACGCAAAUGCGAUCAUGGCCUCCCAUGUGGACCAUGUGUACGUACUAAGAGAGAGAGCAUGUGUAGGAAGAACCCGUCUACUUUGGCUGUUUUCCAGAACACCACCAGACCCACCAUCUUCCCCAAGCUGCCUCGGCCUGCAAAGCCCUCGCAACCGUCAGAUAUUGUGGCUGAGGUCAACAGCGAGGCUAACUAUGCAUCGCAUCCUCUAUCUGUGGAAGAAGAUAUUGGACCCAAACCUCUGUUCUCGGGAGUUCAGAACCAGCCGCCCACGUCAAUCGUCUCGUCUCGGUCAUCGGUUAAGGUAUCAACCCUAUUUGAACAACAGAUCUACAAUUCAGUCCGUCACCUUCCCAUGUCUGUUCUCACUAGGAAGGUCCAGUCUGUGGAUAGCACAAAGAUCAAACUUUUGGACCUGGUUCAGUCGCUUCCAGAGAAAGCCCAGGCUGAUAUCUUGGUGGAUAACUAUUUCAAGCUAUUUGCCCAUAUGUACUGCUCGGUCAAUCCUCCUUGGUUCUACACAUGCUACAGUCGACUGUGGCAAUGUUCUCUUGAAGAUCUAGACAUUCGAAUCUUGGGACUAGUCUAUGCAGUUAUGUCUGUUAGUUGUCUGGAGCUCAUUCCUCAAAAAUGCGAGCAGAUGAACAUGGAGCCUCUCUUCGUCCGUGACUUGUCUGACGACUUUGCCAAAUGCUCCACUCAGGCAUUAAAAGUAUCUGAUUUUGAAAAAAACGCAGACAUCAUCUCCAUUAUGACAAUAUCAGUUCUGCAAUCUUAUUUUCAUUCUAACAAAGACCCAGUCUCGUUGAAUUACUACCUCAGGAAAAGCAUUGCCGUAGCCUUCGAACUUGAACUCCAUAAAGAGUACCAAGGCACGAGUGCUUUUCAACGUGAGGUUCGUCACAGACUGUGGUGGGACAUAGUUUCGUGUGAUAACUAUCAGACUUUUUGCUUGAACCGAGCGCCAAUUAUCCGGUUUGACCGAUACGAAAUUCCAUUCCCUGUCAAUUGCAACGACAAGGAUAUCACAGAAGAUUCUGUUCUUGAGAGACCCAUGGAUGAAUAUACGCAUACUUCGUAUCUGAUCUACAGUCUCAAAUUAUUCAAGAUCUGUGCGAAUCUGCGCAAUUCUGAAGGUGAGCUUUCACCCAAUGCCGACCAAGUAAUAGCCGUUGACCGAGAGCUGUGCGAAUUGUUGAACUCGUUGCCAUGGUACUUCAGAUUGACAAAAGAUAGUGAGAUACCUUAUACUUCGCCUGAGUACUAUGAUCAUCCAUAUUUAUUCCAUAUGUUCUGGACGUGUGUGCAGACGCAAAGAUUCAGAAUGCAUAGAAGCUUUCUGUACCCCAGAAUUGACUAUUGCUAUAAGGUUUGCCUUGAGGCCUCUUCCAAUGUUCUUGACGUCUACACGGCGCUAAGAAAAAUAUAUAUUAGCGAAAAGAAAGACGGCCUAGUAAUUCAAGGUCACAAUCUUUUUUCAGCUUCUUUGGCACAGGUGGUAUUUAUGCUGGUUGAGAACCCACCCAACUCGGACCAGAUCCGCAAGGAUGUUGAGAUGGCCAUCGCCGACCUGGACUUCUUCUGCACCCAAGGAAUUAGAUCCAAAGUUGUCAAGGAAGGUGCAAUUAUCUUGAAAGAGUUACUGGCCCUCUGUAGUAUCACCUACUUAGGAUCUUCUGUGGCUGAACCAGACGUGGAGAACUCUACCUCUCUCCUUACGAAACGCAUUGGAUAUAUCUUUGGGGGUGAGUCUGCUGCCGAAAUGUACUUGCAUAGACUCUCAAUCGGAUAUAUCGUCAACAACGAAAGCUUUAAUGAGAAUAAUCAGCAAACAUUGUCCACGCAGGGCUGGUCUUCUACUCGUUUUGAGAACACUGCUGGCGAAGAGUUUUUCACCAAGGAGUCAUGGGAAACUUGGGAUCUGGGAGAUUGGUCUAAAUUUUUCCAAUGA